GCUCCGAGGAGGGACCUGCCUUGCCCAAGGUCACUCAACAGGUGGCCCGGAAGCUCCCAGUGAACUCUCCGUAAAGUCCUGCAGCAGCUUGUGAGAAGUUAUCUUUCUCCGUGACUUGACUUCCCCUCAGCCGUUUCGGGUGUCUUUGCCCCUUUCUGGUCAUUUUGUCCCGUCUCCCUGCCCAGCCGCCGCUGGAGUCACCCGAGACCCUUGGAGCAGGAAGAGUCUUUGAGGUCUUCGAGUGCAGACUCACCUAGGAGUCAGAGUUUGGAGCCCCUCCCAGUGGGAGGUCCUGAUUUUGGGGCCUUGGGAGAAGAAGCCGAAUUUGUGGAAGUUGAACCAGAAGCGAAACAGGAGAUCCUUGAAAACAAAGACAACAUAAGCUCCAUUUGGACAGAGAUUUAUGUUUUACUCACUGCUGUGUCCACAGAGUUGAGGACAGUACCUGGCUCCUAGGUGGUUGUUCAGCACGUUCAUUUUGAUGGACUUGGAAGGACUAAAGAUGAUAUCAUCAUGUAUGAAAUUGGAGAUGUUUUUAAGGCAAAGAACCUAAUUGAUGUAAUGCGGAAAUCUCACGAGGCUCGUGAAAGGCUGCUUCGCCUUGGAAUUUUUAGACAAGUGGACGUUUUGAUCGAUACAUGUCAAGGUGACGAUGCACUUCCAAACGGUUUAGACGUUACGUUUGAAGUGACUGAGCUAAGGAGGUUAACAGGCAGCUACAACACCAUGGUUGGGAACAACGAAGGCAGCAUGGUACUUGGCCUCAAACUCCCUAAUCUUCUAGGACGUGCAGAAAAGGUGACUUUUCAGUUUUCCUAUGGAACAAAGGAAACAUCGUACGGCUUGUCCUUCUUCAAACCACAGCCCGGAAACUUCGAAAGAAAUUUCUCUGUAAACUUGUAUAAAGUUACUGGGCAGUUUCCUUGGAGCUCACUUCGGGAGACAGACAGAGGACUGUCAGCCGAGUAUAGCAUUCCCAUCUGGAAAACCAGCCACACCGUGAAGUGGGAAGGCGUGUGGCGAGAGCUGGGCUGCCUCUCCAGAACAGCCUCCUUUGCUGUCCGAAAGGAGAGCGGACAUUCACUUAAGUCAUCUCUCUCGCACGCGAUGGUCAUUGACUCUCGGAAUUCUUCCAUUUUACCAAGAAAAGGGGCUUUGCUGAAAAUUAACCAGGAGCUGGCAGGCUACACCGGGGGAGACGUGAGCUUCCUAAAGGAAGAUUUUGAGCUCCAGUUGAAUAAACAGCUCGUGUUGGAUUCAGUCAUCUCAGCCUCGCUCUGGGGUGGGAUGCUGGUGCCCAUUGGUGACAAACCAUCGAGCAUUGCCGAUCGGUUUUACCUGGGGGGCCCGACCAGCGUCCGUGGAUUCAGCAUGCACAGCAUCGGUCCUCAGAGUGAAGGAGACUACCUGGGAGGGGAGGCCUACUGGGCCGGCGGCCUGCACCUCUAUACCCCACUGCCUUUCCGGCCCGGCCAGGGCGGCUUUGGAGAACUUUUCAGAACGCACUUCUUCCUCAACGCAGGAAACCUCUGCAACCUCAACUAUGGGGAGGGCCCCAAAGCCCACAUCCGCAGGCUGGCUGAGUGCAUCCGCUGGUCGUACGGUGCUGGGAUCGUCCUCAGGCUUGGCAACAUUGCCCGCCUGGAGCUUAAUUACUGCAUCCCCAUGGGCGUCCAGAGGGGCGACAGGAUAUGUGAUGGCGUCCAGUUUGGAGCUGGGAUAAGGUUCCUGUAGCUGCAGCAGAGCGCCCACCUGCUCCCUCGGGGAGGCCCUCGGGGGUCCAGGCUGCAGCGGGUCGCUCGGUGCCACGUGUGUUUCCCUCAGAGUACACACACCGGCACGAUGCUCUGACUGCAGUCCCCAUGGGAAACCAUGCCAAUAAAUUUUACAGACCAAUACCCAGA